AGUGCCAUGCGGUCCGCUUCCCAGGUUUUGAUUGCAAUCCAAACCCCCCCGCACCGCAGUGUCUAAAAUAGAAAACCCCACACUUUAUAUUUCAUCUUCUCUUGCCCAAAAACAAACCCUAGCUCAACCCCUCCUUCCACCGGCGGUUUUCCAACCACCCUUCCAGUCUCAUUUCCAGCCGCUUGAAUUUGUGCAAGGAUGUCGGAUGACGAGAGAGAGGAGAAGAAGGAGUUGGAUCUCACUAGUUCCGAGGUCGUCACCAAGUACAAGAGCGCCGCCGAAAUCGUAAACAAGGCCUUGCAACUAGUCUUGUUGGAUUGCAAGCCGAAAGCCAGGAUUGUUGAUUUGUGUGAAAAGGGAGAUGCCUUCAUUAGAGAGCAAACUGGAAACAUGUAUAAGAAUGUGAAGAAGAAGAUUGAAAGGGGUGUUGCUUUUCCGACGUGCAUUUCGGUGAAUAAUACUGUUUGCCAUUACUCUCCUUUGUCCUCUGAUGAGAAAGUGUUGGAAGAUGGUGAUAUGUUGAAAAUCGAUAUGGGGUGUCACAUAGAUGGUUUUAUAGCAGUGCUCGCGCACACACAUGUGCUUCAGGAAGGACCAGUUACUGGAAAAGCUGCUGAUGUUAUUGCUGCAGCAAAUACUGCUGCUGAAGUUGCUUUGAGGCUUGUGCGACCUGGAAAGAAGAACUCUGAUGUAACAGAAGCCAUUCAGAAGGUUGCUGCAGCCUAUGAUUGCAAGAUUGUUGAGGGUGUUUUGAGUCAUCAAAUGAAACAAUUCGUUAUUGAUGCAAACAAAGUUGUGCUGAGUGUAUCCAACCCUGAAACUAGAGUUGAUGAUGCAGAAUUUGAAGAAAAUGAGGUUUAUUCUAUUGAUAUUGUGACAAGCACGGGUGAAGGAAAGCCAAAGCUGAUAGAUGAGAAGCAAACAACUAUAUAUAAGAGGGCUGUUGAUAAAACCUAUAGCUUGAAGAUGAAAGCCUCAAGAUUCAUCUUUAGUGAAAUCAAUCAGAAGUUCCCAAUCAUGCCCUUCAAUGCCAGGGAUUUGGAAGAAAAGAGGGCCCGUUUAGGACUGCUAGAAUGUGUUAACCAUGAUCUUUUACAGCCAUAUCCUGUUCUACAUGAAAAACCUGGUGAUUUGGUUGCACACAUAAAGUUCACGGUUCUGUUAAUGCCCAAUGGAUCUGAUAGGAUCACGUCACAUCCUCUCCAGGAGCUGAUCACAACAAAGGAAAUUGACAAUGAACCUGAGAUAAAGGCAUGGCUAGCCCUUCCUAUUAAGACCAAGAAGAAAGGCGGGGGAAAGAAAAAGAAAGGUAUGAAAGAAGAAAAGACCGAAGAGCCAUCUCAAACCGACCCGAUUGAGGAAGAUGCAAAUUGAGGCUGUUCUUAGUGAAAUGUUUCUUCCUAUGAGUUAACUUGUUUCGAAUUCUCUCCUCCAACGAUACACCAUGACAUGUUGAGCUGAUUUGUGCUUCUUUCUUGCCAUUGUGCAUGUUUUCGUCCAACAUUAGUUAUAAAAGGCAACGAAUGCUUAAUCCGCGUGUUUGUUCAAUGCAAUGUUUUUAUCUGCGUGUUUGUUCAAUGCAAUGUUUUUCAAGUUUUGCAGACAUCAUUUUGAGCUUAGUACUUUAUUUUAUGAUUCAAUGAUGAAAGUAAAAUUGUAUUCUUGAUGUUUAUUCAAAAAGGAAAUAUAAUAUCAAAACACAAUUCCUUCCUUCAACAUGAACAUGAAGAAAUUUUGGGAGAAUUCAAAAGGACAACCACUUCUUUUGAAAGUAAUUGUGUUUUUUUUGUUUAGAAAGCAAAUAAACAAUAUCAACCUCAUAACUCUUUCCUUAAAAAGAAAAAAUGAGAAGAAAAUUAUGGGACAUAGAGAGUACUUUUUACAAUGUGGACUGACACAAGUAUCUGCAAGAGCGUAAUGUUAUACUCCCUCCGUCCAAAAAAGAACUUCCCGGUUUGACCGGCACGCAUAUUAAUGUGUGAUAAAAUUUGCUUUGACUUUCCUAUUUUACCCCUGCAACCUUCCAUCUUUCAAUCUACUGGUACCGAAUCUCUGAUUGCCAACACCCCCGCCGGCGAUUCUCUACCACCGCCAGCGAUUCUCUACCACCGCCGGCGAUUCUUUACAGCCGCUGCCGCCGACUCUCUGGAACCAUCGGAUGACUUCGGUGGUUCUUCUUGCCGCCAUCCCUUCCGUAACCCCCUCCCUCGUAGAUCUAAUCUCUUCCAUCCGAGGUUUUGACGGCUUGGGGCAAGGCUAGGAGUAACAAAAGCUUUAUAGAUCUAUGAAAUUGAUGGAGAUUACGUCGAAAAAGGAACAGAUCUGACCAUGGUUCAUCUUGCCCGCCUCUCUCUGGUUCACGUAUGUACCAUGGGAUUUCAUAGAUCUGCUCUUUGAUCUCUGGUUCUUCUUGCCCGCCUCUCUCUGCUCGCUGCUCCCAAUUAUUGGGUGACGGAACAAAGAUCAAAACAUGGA